AUGCCCAUCAUAACCACCACCUCCCUCCGCCUCCCUGCCCUCUACAGCCUCGAAAAUUCCGACAACACUGGCGGCCCCUCAAUUCCCUACCUCUGUAAUGAGAAAUGGCAUAUCUCAGCUUCCACGCUCCCCAUCUGGCGCACCAAGCGCAACUGCACAGUGACUUACACGGCCCUCCCACUCGAGGCGCCUAUAUCUCGCCUCAAUAGCCUCACAGCAUACCUCCCCUCCAUCCUAGCCCCCGUACCCUCCCCACCGCUCCCUCGCAUCGACGACCUUGUGCACUACCAGGAGCAAACCUCUGAUGCCGUACAGAGCAUCCACGCCAUUAACACCAUGUGGCCAGACAACCCCGCAGGGUGGAGCUGGGUAGGCGUAGGAUGGUUCCUGUCACUGAUCCAGUGCGAAUGGGAGAUUUUUGGGUAUGGGAAAUUGGAGGGCGGGGGGAACUGGAUGGUAAUGCAUUUUCGAAAGACGUGGUUGAGUCCCGAAGGAUUGGAUCUGUUUACUACGGGGGAGGAGAAAUUAAGUGCUCAGGCGUAUGAAGAGAUUAUGGGACUGGUGAGAAAGUUAGGAAAUGGAGAGUUGGAGGCGUUGGUCGGGGAGUUUGAGAGGAUGGCGAGGGAUUGA